AUGCCCUGCUACUUGCCAAGGCUGAAGGUUCAUCAACCCACCGGAGUCCAAGCAAGCCAAACUCACAAGGUGGUCGAGGAAGAGGAGGAAAUAACAACCGGGGAGGAAGAGGCAGCAUACGAGGACGAGGUUCGUCUCGUGGGAGAGGUGAUCGUUGGGGCGGUGACUCACGACAGGAGACAAACAUUGUCAACAAAAAAACCACGAGACAAGAGCAACAUUAGAUGUUAUGAAUGCCAAGAGCUUGGUCAUUAUGCAUCGGAGUGCAAGGCAAAGAAGCAACAGGACCAAGAAGUUAACUUGGCUGCUGAUGAAGAAGAACCAACUCUAUUGUUGACUGUUUGUGGUGAAAAGAAUAUCGAGGUGGUCCUCUUGAAUGAAGAAAAAGUCUAUCCGAGUCAACUCAAGGAGAGCAAUGAAGAGAACAUAUGGUAUCUAGACAAUGGAGCUAGUAACCAUAUGAUUGGAUGCAGGGGCUUAUUUGCAGAACUUAAUGAGAAAGUAACGGGGCAGGUUCGAUUCGGAGAUGGGUCCAGAGUUCCAAUCAAAGGAAAAGGUGCUCUCCUAUUUGAUUGCAAGAAUGGUGAUCAAUUUGACAUCCCAGAUGUAUAUUAUAUUCCUGCUCUACACAAUAAUAUAAUAAGUCUGGGACAAAUGACUGAAGAAGGGUAUGACAUAGGGAUGAAGAACGAGUUCUUGAGGAUGUAUGAUGAAGCAGGAAUCCUGGUAAUGAAGGUGCAAAGAUCCAAGAACAGACUUUAUAAAAUUAAGCUUACACCUGGGAAGCCUGUAUGCUUAGCCAUGAGUAUAGACGAUGACUCAUGGUUAUGGCACGCACGUAUGGGACACACUAACUUCAGAACACUCGAGGAGAUGACAUGUAAGAAGAUGGUACUAGGUAUGCCCCAGGUGACUCAUCUAUCAUAG